AUGGCACAGGAUAAAAUGAAAUUCUUAUACAAGCAGGUUUCUUCAAAGAUAAAGGACAUUGAAUACUUGAUGAGCUCUGAUGCAGAUUUGGAUGCCGUCAAAAAUGAAUUUGAAGAUUGGAAGGAAUUAUGUGACAAGUUUCAAGAAUCGGCUAAAGCUUAUCAUGAUAAACUUCAUAGCCAAUCAGCUAAAGACGAAGAAGCAGCUUGGUUCCAAUCAAAGCUAUGCACCUUUUCGCAAUUUGAAAGAAAUGUUACAUCCUUCAUUAAACAUUACAGUACGGGAGAUGACAUUAGACCAGAAGAUAGUGUUUCCCAAGUUGGAUUACCUAAGGGUUCAGUAAUCUCCUCUGCCUCCUCUGCCAAAAUGGAGAUCCUGGCGAAAAGGGCCGAACUUAUUGCCAGACAAAAAUGUUUAGAACGAAGACAUCAAUUAGAAGAAGAAGAAAACAGAUUAAAACAAAGACGAGAAAGAUUGGAACUUGAAACAGAAGUAGAAAUUGCCGAUGCCCAGUAUGAAAUUUUUGACCAGUAUGACCGAGAAUCACACAGUUCCCGAAAACCAGAAAGUUCACAAAGGUCCUUCAAGCCAGCAAAGACCCGAAAUAAAGAUUUGAACCCAGAAGCUGAAGAAUUUACCCCUAUUCAGAGUACAAACCUACAGGUUGGAGUCCACAAUUCAAAAUUUGAUGAAGUCUGUAAGCAACAGAAUGAGAUAAUCCAGCUAGUGGUAGAACACCAGAAACUGGCCACGCUACCCACUAGGAAGAUUCCUGUGUUCAGUGGCGACCCUCUACAGUUUAAGCCCUUCAUACGAGCAUUCGAGCAUGGUAUAGAGGACAAAACCAUCAAUCCAAAAGAUAGGCUCUAUUACUUGGAUCAGUACACCAACGGUGAACCGAAUGACUUGGUAAGAAGCUGUCUAUUCAUGAAUCCUGAAAGUGGCUAUGAACAAGCCAGGUCACAGUUGGAGAAGAAAUUUGGGAAUAAGUACAAGUUAGCAACAGCUUACAUGGACAAAGCAUUGAAAUGGCCGGCUAUUAAGUCAGAGGACAGCGAAGCACUGAACAGCUUUGCUAUAUUCCUGACCAGCUGUGGAAAUACCAUGACCGAUAUAGACUAUCUAAGAGAAUUAGAACAUCCAAAGAACCUCAGAGAGUUGAUCCAAAAGUUGCCAUAUAAGUUAAGAGAAAGAUGGAGAACAGUUUCGUUUAAUAUCUUGGAAAGAAGAAAUGUCACUUUUGCUGACCUUGUUGGUUUCGUAGAUAAACAAGCACAGAUCUUGUCAAGUCCUUUGUUUGGCAAUAUCAUCGACGAUAUCCAAGUUCAAGCAAGACCAAAGAUGAAAGAAGCGCCAAAGAGAUAUAAGAGCUUUGCUACCGACACAUCAAAGUCUGAAUUAGGUCAAGAAACUGCCACCAGGGCACCCUACCCAGUUCACCCAAAAUUGAUGACAUCUGGUCAGCCAACUGCAACUAGAGAAAGAACAGUCAACACGUCUAGAGCAUUCAUCAAGCCAUGCUGGUUCUGCAAUGAGGACCACACCAUGGAAAUGUGCAGGGGAAUGCAGCGUAAGACGUUGGAUGAGAAGAUUGACUUCUUAAGACCAAAGGGCUUGUGUUUUGGCUGCUUACAAUUUGGACAUAUGAGUCGCGAGUGCCCCAGCAGAUUGACAUGUCAUAUAUGUAAAUUGAGACAUGCAACCUGUUUUCAUGACAACAGCAGGGACAGAGAAAAGAAAGAAAUGGACCAAACGAAGCCAAAGGUUGUCACAAACAACAGUUUGGCUACGAGUGAGAGCGGGGAUCACAAAGACUUGAGCUUCAUGCCUGUGGUCCCCGUUAGGAUUAAAGUCAACUCUGGUAACAGAUAUGUCAAAACAUAUGCCUUCCUUGACAACGGCAGUUCAGCAACCUUUUGUACCAGCAAGCUGGCAGAGGAGCUCCAAGUCACAGGAAAGAUGACAAACAUAGUUGUCAGCACCAUGACUCAAAAGAAAACUGUAAAUACCUCCAUCCUAACAAAUUUAGAAGUUGGUGACAUUGACGGAAACAAUUGGGUCAAGCUGCCUUCUGUCUUUACACAGGAUGAAAUGCCAAUUUCCACAAGCACCAUCCCCAAAGAAAAGUUCAUCCAUCAAUGGCCCCAUCUACAGGACGUCACACUACCACCUAUAGAUGCGGAGAUAGGACUCCUUAUUGGCAACAAUGUCCCAAGAGCAAUGGAACCAUAUGAGAUAAUCAACAGCGAUUGUAACGGGCCCUAUGCAGUCAGAACCAUUCUUGGAUGGAUUGUAAAUGGGCUAGUACAGGAAUCAGAGUCUCCCAGUGAGAUCUCAGUAAACAGGACUGAUGUUCUUGGAGACGAGAAAUUGGAUCUUCAGUUAAUAGGAUACUUCAACAGGGAGUUCAACGAGCGCAUCAGUAAUGAUCAACCUGAGAUGUCAAGAGACGACAAGCAAUUCUUAGACAUCAUGAACUCCUCAAAGACACUGACAGGAGGACAUUACCAGAUGUCACUCCCAUUCAAAGAUGCCCAAUUAGAUUUGCCCAACAAUAAAGUACAAGCUGAACAAAGAGCCAUUUCACUAAAGAAGAAAUUUAAGAAGAAUGAAAACUUUUAUGAAGACUACAAGGUAUUCAUGAAAGAUCUCCUGGACAAAGACUAUGCCCAGAAAGUACCAGAGAAUAAGAAAGACCGUAAGGAUGGAAAGGUGUGGUAUAUACCACAUCAUGGUGUGUACCAUCCAAAAAAGCCAGAGAAGAUACGAGUUGUAUUUGACUGUGCAGCAACCUUCAGAGGGAAAUCUCUAAAUGACCACCUUUUACAGGGGCCGGAUCUAACCAAUACCCUACUGGGAGUGCUCCUGAGAUUUCGCCAAGAGCCAAUAGCUCUGAUGGCAGACAUCGAAGCUAUGUUUUACCAGGUUAGAGUUGAACCAGACGACUAUGAUGUUCUGCGGUUCCUAUGGUGGCCCAAUGGAAACUUGGAGGAAGAAUUACAAGAAUAUCAGAUGAAAGUGCACUUAUUUGGUGCUGUCUCAUCACCAAGUUGUGCCAACUUUGCCUUGAAAGAAACAGCGAAGGCUAACAUGGACUUGUUUGGCAAAGAAGUGGUUCAUGCUGUUGAAAAGAGUUUCUACGUGGAUGACUGUCUUACUUCAGUCCAAUCUGAGAAAAUGGCCAUUGAAAUGUCACAUAAGCUGAGAGAAAUCUGUAAAAAGGGUGGAUUCCGCUUGACAAAAUGGAUAAGUAACAGCAGAGCUGCAAUAGAAUCAAUCCCAGAAGAGGAGCGGGCCAAAGAAGUUAAAGACUUGGACAUGGAUGAUGCUUUACCAAUCGAGAGGGCAUUAGGUGUACACUGGUGCGUCGAAUCAGAUACAUUUAAAUUCCGGAUUGCAAUCAAAGACAAACCAAUAACGAGAAGAGGAAUACUGUCAACUGUCAGCUCCAUCUAUGAUCCAUUGGGAUUCGCAGGCCCUUAUGUUCUCAAAGCAAAGGGAAUUCUACAAGACCUCUGCAGACUUAAGAUAGGAUGGGAUGACGUAAUCCCCGUUCCCUUGCAGAAGGACUGGACCAAAUGGUUGUCGGAACUACACAGGCUUGAGGAAAUGGUGAUUAGAAGAUGCAUUCAACCAAAUGAUAGUAAUCAGAAGAUGGUAUCUCAAAUACAUCAUUUUUCGGAUGCCAGUGAAACAGGUUAUGGAACUGUUUCUUACCUAAGACAAGUCAGUAGCACUGGUCAAAUUCAUUGUGCAUUUCUCAUCAGCAAAUCAAGAGUUGCCCCACUUAAGCAGAUCACGAUACCAAGAAUGGAGCUAUCAGCCGCUACUCUGGCAAUACGGGUAGACAGUAUGCUCAAACGAGAGCUGGAAAUGCCAAUUGACCAAACUUACUUUUGGUCAGACAGUAUGUCAGUUUUAAGAUACAUCGCCAAUGAUUCAAAGCGAUUCCAUACCUUUGUGGCAAAUAGGCUGUCAGUAAUUCAUGAAGGCUCAAGCCCAUCUCAAUGGAAGUAUGUGGACACUCAGAACAAUCCUGCUGAUGAAGCAUCUCGAGGACUGUCAAUAGAUGCAUUUCUGAAAGAUACCAGAUGGCUCUCUGGACCAAAGUUCCUGUGGGAAGAUGAAGAAAUGUGGCCUCAACAGACACACAUUUUGACAGAUAUUCCUAAGAAAGACGUUGAAUUAAAGAAGGUUGCCCGAGUCAACUUGAUAGACUACAGCAAGCCAUGUAAGGAAAUAGACAGCCUUAUCAGUCACUAUUCUGACUGGUUUGCACUGAAGAAGGCUAUCGCAUGGGUGCUCAGGAUACGGGAAGUACUCCUGGAUCGCAGUCAAAAGAAGAAGGCAGGCUUAGCACCUCAGCAAAGCAUGCCUGUAGUGUUGACUGUGAAAGACUUAGAAAAUGCAGAGAAAGCCAUUGUUCGCUAUGUUCAACAGCAAGACUUUUCAAGUGAACUUGAAAGACUUAAUUCAAACAAAGAACUUGAUUUGAACAAAGGUAGUCCAAUCUCCAAGCUUGAUCCAUUUGUAGAAGAUGGUGUGCUGAGGGUGGGUGGAAGACUAAGUCGCGCUAACAUGCCUGAAAGCUCCAUACACCCAGUGAUUCUACCAAAGAAAUCGCAUGUCUCGGAACUGAUAAUUCGCCAUGUUCAUCGUGAAUGUGGGCAUUCAGGUAGAAACUUUGUACUUUCAAAAUUGUUUGAGAAAUAUUGGAUUAUCAAAGCCAAUGCAGCAGUAAGGCAAGAAAUACACAGAUGUGUAACUUGCCGACGCAAUCAUGCUGUAGCAAGUAAUCAAAAGAUGGCUGACUUGCCAGCUCAACGUGUGACUCCUGAUGAACCUCCUUUUACCUUUGUUGGAGUGGAUUACUUUGGUCCAUUUGAUGUAAAACGUGGACGAAAGCAUGAAAAAAGGUAUGGAGUUUUGUUCACGUGCCUCACAACGCGUGCUGUGCACAUAGAAGUGGCGUAUAGCUUAGACACUGACUCUUGUAUUAAUGCAUUGCGCCGUUUCAUGGCUAGAAGAGGUCAAGUGAAAGUCAUCAGGUCAGAUAAUGGUACCAACUUUGUUGGAAGUGAGCGUGAGCUCAGAGAAGAGUUAGAGAACUGGAACAAGUGUCAGAUUCAUCAAGAGAUGUUACAAAGAAAUGUCGAAUGGACAUUCAAUCCUCCUGCUGGUUCCCACCAUGGCGGCGUGUGGGAGCGACAAAUCAGAACCGUGAGAAAAGUGUUGAGAUCUCUGGUAAGAGAACAAACGUUAGAUGAUGAAACUUUGCGAACUGUGUUGUGUGAGGUAGAGGCUAUUAUCAAUAAUAGACCUAUCUCCAGAGCAUCAAGUGAUCCAAAUGAUUUGGAAGCCCUCACUCCAAAUCACUUGUUGCUCUUGAAAAGAAAACCAAAUUUGCCACCAGGUAUGUUUGGUGUUGAUGGUCAUUAUCCAAGACGGAGGUGGCGUCAAGUGCAGUACAUGGCAGAUUUGUUUUGGAAGAGAUGGUUAAGAGAGUACCUGCCAUUACUACAGGAGCGACAGAAGUGGGUGAAGCUUAGAAGAAAUUUGAAGAUUGGUGACAUUGUGCUCAUAGUGGACAAUACUGCACCUAGAAACUCUUGGUCGAUGGGCAAGGUUGUGAAGCUUAUGCCUGACAGAAAGGGUGUUGUAAGACGGGUUGAGGUGAAAACCCAGACAAAGGUUUUGGACAGACCUAUUAGCAAGCUAUGUUUGCUUCUAGAGAGUGACACUUAA